AGGCACUCACAUUCCCCUAUUUAAACAAUCACGAUGCGGCUUUCAUCAUGGUUUGAGGUGAAAAGACAAGAACUUUAUCAAUGGCAUUCAGAGUUCACUUGGCAUGGAUUUUUUGUCCAGAUUCGUUCGUCGCGUCGCCUUGUACUAUUUAUCGUAUUCGUUGCCUUGUUACUGGACAACAUGUUAUUGACUACAGUAGUUCCCAUAAUUCCAGAUUAUUUGUUCAGACUUGAACAUCCAGACGAAGUGCGUUUCAUAGAUGGGCACGGAGAAACCGUUACUAAUACCACCAACGUCACUUCCGCUUUUAGACAUAGUUUAAAUUUUACCAGUGAAUAUAAUUCCAGUAUGUGUUCUUCGGCUAACAGUGCCUGGUUUCCCGAAUGUAACGUGACUGAUGACGCUUAUACACGUAGUAGUUAUGGACAAGAUUUGCGUGACGAGAAUGUGGAAGUCGGACUACUGUUUGCAUCAAAGGCAUUCAUUCAACUGAUAGCUAAUCCGUUUAUUGGCCCCCUAACGAAUAGAAUUGGUUAUAGUAUCCCCAUGUUUGUAGGUUUUAUUAUUAUGUUCAUUGCAACAAUAAUUUUUGCAGUAGGAGAAAGUUACAGUGUAUUAUUAAUAGCGAGGAUGUUACAGGGCAUCGGCUCAGCGUGUUCCUCCGUGGCAGGGAUGGGGAUGUUAGCUGAAAGGUACCCGGAUGAUGAAGAACGGGGUAAUGCUAUGGGCAUAGCAUUGGGAGGCCUUGCACUGGGAGUUCUGAUUGGACCCCCAUUCGGAGGCGUAGUUUACCAGUUUUUAGGGAAAGAAGCACCGUUCUACAUUUUAGCAGCUCUAGCCCUGGGAGAUGGAUUGUUGCAGUUAUUAGUAUUAAAACCCGGCGUGGGCAAGGAGGUUCAAAUGGAAGGAACACCUCUACUGACUCUAAUAAAAGACCCAUAUAUUCUCAUAGCUGCGGGUUCUAUAACAUUUGCAAAUAUGGCGAUAGCACUACUGGAGCCGUCCAUGCCUUUAUGGAUGAUGGAAACCAUGGAAACAGAAAAAUGGCAACUAGGGGCAGCGUUUCUUCCAGCUAGCGUCUCCUACCUGAUUAGUACUAACAUAUUUGGUCCACUCGGUCACCGUAUGGGAAGGUGGCUGUGUUCAUUAAUAGGAAUGAGUAUAACGGGCAUUUGCAUGGCUUGGAUACCAUUUGCCAGUAAUAUCAAUGAGCUCAUUGCGCCAUGCUUCUUCUUGGGAUUCGCUAUAGGAAUGGUCGACUCCUCCAUGAUGCCAACCAUGGGCUAUCUAGUUGACCUGCGUCAUGUAUCCGUAUAUGGUAGUGUAUACGCCAUAGCUGAUGUUGCGUUUUGUCUAGGAUUUGCACUAGGCCCUGCCCUUAGUGGUGAAAUUGUGAAGACUGUUGGCUUUGCUUGGCUUCUUCGUGGUAUAGCUAUUGUAAAUCUUUUAUAUUGUCCUCUCUGUUACUUUCUUCGAAGGCCCCCUGCAAGAGAAGACAAACAGCCUUUUCUGAACAUGGAAGAAAAAAUGCCAGUAUCAUAUACUGUACAGAAGCAAACAGACUACCAAACUCUCCAAGAAGAUACCGAGUGA